CUUUCAGACCAACCACAUGGAAACCGUCACCGUGGAGGAAGGCCAGACACUCACUCUAAAGUGUGUCAUUUCUCAGGCGGAGACCACCUCCCUGCAGUGGCUGGCCCCGUCAGGCUUCACCAUUUUCUUCAGUGAGCAUUCCGGUUUAAAAAAUUCCAAAUACCAGCUUCUUCAUUACUCCUCCAAUCAGCUCUCCAUCAGGGUGCUGAAUGUAACACAGCAAGAUGAAGGCGUGUACAAGUGUCUGCAUUACGGCAGCUCCGUGAGAACAAAGGAAGUGAAAGUGAUGGUGUUAGCAACUCCUGCCAAGCCAGCCUUGGAAGUUUCCGUUAGAAUGCAAAAUGGAGAACAUGUCCUACUGAAAUGCUCCACUGUGAGAAGUAAGCCCCCUCCACGGAUAACCUGGCUCUUAGGGGAUGACAUGGAGAUCCAAGGUGAAACCCACCAUGAAUAUGAAACUGAUGGGAAGAAGUGUAAUAGCACCAGCACACUCAGAGUCCACACAUAUGGCAAAAACUCAACAGCGAGCUGCAUCGUCCGACACAAAGGCCUGCAAGGAAGAAAACUGGUAGCCCCUUACCGGUUUGAAGAUUUGGUUACUGAUCAAGAGACAGUUUCAGCUGCCCUGGAGACAAGCUCUCCAUCCUCUCAAGACCCUCAGCAGUCCACUAGUACCGUUGCAGUAAUGGAAGAUUCUAGUACCUCAGAGAUUGACAAGGAAGAGGAAGAACAAACCACUCAAGUCACUCACUUGGCCACUGAAGUGAAUCGUCAGUUUGUGGGACUGACGAGGAAGAAGAGCGGCAUCCUGCUACUGAGCCUUGUCUCCUUCCUCAUUUUCAUUCUCUUCAUCAUCGUCCAGCUCUUCAUCAUGAAGAUUCGGAAAGCACAUGUCAUAUGGAAAAAAGAAAAUGAAAUUUCAGAGCACACUCUAGAAAGUUACAGAUCGAGGUCAAAUAAUGAAGAAACAUCAUCCCAAGAGAAUAAUAGCCAAACUUCCCGCUCUAAGAGCUGCAUGAACUACAUCACACAGUUGUACUCAGAGGCAAAAACAAAGACGAAGGAAAAGGCACAACCUUCAAAAUUCAAAGGAGAGCUCACUUAUAUACCAGAGAGCAUUGUGUAGCGCUCAUUGCAACAGGAAAUAGGAUUUCAGGGCAGCCUCAUCAUCACCUCAGUGGAGCAGCCUGUGGGAAGGAGCAUAAUUACCAUCACAUGAAAAACAAAAAAAAAGUACUGUGAGUGCAAUGCAAGAUGGUGUCCUCCAAGUGUAAUCUGCCCCGGACUCAGAGCAACAAAUGAGGACUAACCCAUGGACAUAAAGCUUUGUAGUUAAAAAAAAAAAGAAAAAGAAGAGAAAGAACCUAUUAUGGCUGAUACUACUUCAGAGCAGGAGAAUUCUACUAAACUUUGGGAUCAGGGUCAAUGUGACCAGCUAACAUCUUACUGUAAAGGGAACAGGAGAUAUUAGAUGCUGGGCUCUAGUGGAACUAUUUUUUAAAAUAUUUUUUUGUCUUUCUUUCUGGUUUCCAAAAAAAGAACUUCGGGAUGAAAAGGACCCAAAGAAGGUCUCUAAUCCUAGGAGCUUACUUCCAAGAUGCACUUUAAGAAGCUGUAACCAGCCCAUUCCCUGUCUGGGAGAAGUGAUGCAAAACAAUGAGUGAGUCAGAUAAGCACGAAGGUCCCAAGGCUGAUGCCCCAGGACACAAGUGCUAGUUCAAGGCAGACCCAAAGUUUCCAUUUUCUUCUAAUUGUCUUGCUAAAUCACAAGAGUUGACCUGGUAGACAAUGUUUUUACCAGGACACUUCAUUACAAAAACACAUACAAAAGAAAAUAGUGAGUUGAAUUUCCCGAUUACUGACCUAAUAGAUGCUUUUUAAAAAUUAUUUAAUAAAGAGCAGAAUAUGUAUUUGUGUUUCUAGUGGUUGUUCCAAGUCGUACUUCCUCCCUUCACUUUCACGUGUGAAAGUGACAUGUGACAUGUCUUUCCCCCCCCCAACAUUUAUGACAUUUCUCAUUCUUUGGACCUGAAUAAACUAAUUCUAAAAUAAUACCACCUGCCCCACCCCCAUUGCUCUACCACACACAUAAAAAUUAUGAGUUUGU